GACCGUACCUUCCUUUUCGAACGAUAUUUUUCACACCGUGCCGGAAAGCCGCGGAACCAGUGUCGCGCGUCCUCGUUCUCCCGUAUCCGAACUAAGUCAACACCGUCCGGCAGCUGCGUUGGUGUGCGAGUUUGCGGUGUGACCGUCGAAGAAGAUGUAUUCGCUCGGCGAGGGUCAGCAGUGUUCUGUUCGCAAAGAUCAUCUCGAAGGCAACACCGGUCGCCGAGGAGGGUUCAUACGCGGGGAGACAACCCUUUCGUCCAACACGUCGGGGAUUAGAUCGAAAGAAUUUCGCAAGCUGUUCGGCUCGCCGACGAGGAAGCCGAGAUUCCCGGGUCCUCGAUUCGCGCGCGGUUUCCAAUAGGAAGAUCGCGAGAUGACGGUGCGCGAGGAGGAUCGCAAGAGCAUGAGACACAGCAACUCCUGGCCGGACCAGGCUCCGCAGACGGUGAAAGUACGCGUCGACCCGUUGUCGCGCGCUUUUACGAUCAUCCCGACGAUUCGCGGGAGCUUCGAUCCUCUGCUGGCCGCAGCGAAGCCCGGCUGGAUCGACGACAUCGUGCUCCUCGAUCAUGGUCGUUCGAAGCCCGUGGAGACGGGACACCGGUUCGUCGACGAGACCGGAGUCGCCGAACGUGUCCCGGAACGGAAGGAUUGCAAGAAACUAGACGAUACCUUCGAGCUACGUGUUUUUGUACCGGACACCGCGACUAGAAGUUCGGUAAAGGAUGUCGCCGAGGAUCGAGGAAGCAAGACCGCGGGAAGCCUUUCGUCCGACGAGCACUCGGAUGCGCUGAAAGCGGAACGAGCUGCUCCGGAGGGAAUGAGAUCGGGCCACUCGAUCGACGAAAAACGCGCCGAAAACGGAGGAAGAAACCUCCGGGAGACUCCAUCGCAGGAAAGCGCGCUCGAAGACUCGGAAGAGGAUUCCCCGGCGUCGAAGACCAUCGUUCAGAUCGAGCCGCGGGAGGAUCGAGCCGGCUCGUCCCGAGAUGCGACCGCCGGGAAGAGCUUCGCUAUCGAAAUCCCGGGAAAUACGACUCCUCUGAAAUCCUCCGUUGCGGCAGCGGCGAGACCGCAACACGUUUGUCCCAAGUGCACUUCCGAGGGUCUGCUGCUGCAGCAGCGGUUCGACCCUUUCCGCUCGGCAGCGCCGGCCGACGAAAGUAACCUGGUCAGGGAGGGCCGGUGCCGGGUCGCCGGUUCCGGUAAAGCGGAAACGCUACGUAAAUAUUCCGCGGUCGAGGCUAAAAUGAGAACCAGCUGGCAGAGAAUAGGAGCGACCGGUCUAAUUGGAUCCACCAGGAAUAGGUGCAAGGAGAGGGACAAGCGCGGCCGGAGGAGGAACGGCGAGCCGCUCUGUCGAUCGACGAACGAUGCCCGGAAAGAGGCUACCCUGAGGAGGCAUUACUACCCGGAGGGUGGCUGGGGAUACGUGAUCGUGACUUGCUCGGCGCUCGUUCAUUUCCUCGGGAUCGGUUUGCAGCUCGCGGCGCCAGGAAGCUGGCACCUAACCGCCGAACUCAAAUUCCAUCAGCCGCCUCUUCACAGCGCAGAUGAAAUCGACAAGCAGGAGUGA